AUGUCGACCUCCUCAACCUCCUCCAUCGCCCUAAUCGGCUCCACGGGCCUCGUCGGCUCUCACAUCCUCUCAACCUUCCUCACCUCACCCUCGACUGCCUCCCAAAUCCAAACCAUCUCGCGCCGCGCCCCCUCGAACCCAACCAACUCCACCCGUUUGUCUCCAACCGUCAACGCCGACACCUCAACCUGGCCAACCUUGCUCUCAUCACUGGUCCCUCUACCCACGACCGUCAUCUCCUCCCUGGGCACCACCCGCGGCGCAGCCGGCGGCAUCGCCAACCAGUGGAAGAUCGACCACGACCUCAACGUCGACCUGGCCAAGGCCGCCAAGCAAGCGGGCGUCAAGAACUUCGUCUUUGUUUCCUCGGCUGGAACGCGCUCGCUGCUGAGCAGCAAGGUCCCCUACUCACAGAUGAAGCGCGGGGUGGAGGACACGAUCCAGAGUCUCGAGUUCGAGCACGGGAUCAUCCUCCGUCCGGGCCUGAUCUUGGGAGAGAGAGACAAGGCACAUUUCCCCGGCCAGGGAUUGCUUGUUAGCGCGGUGAGAGGGCUGGGCAAGUGGGUCAGCCAGAGCUGGCUCCAGGACAGCUGGGCGCAGGAGGCGGACGUGAUUGCGCGGGCGGCGGUGAAGGCGGUGAGGAUGGCGGAGGAGGGUAAGGCGCCCGCAAAGUGGUGGGUGUUGGAGCAGGAUGAGAUUGUCAAGUUGGGGAGGGAUGAGUGGAAGGAGUAA